GAAUUUCAGCAGAAAUUACCGAACAUCUUAGAGCGCUGGCAGUGCCGGGUGAAUCCCCUUGUGCGUCUGGUUGAUCCAUGCUGUUCCGCUCCUCGUAGAAUAAUAAUGACUCGGAACAAGUUUACGAUACUUUUUAUAAAGCUUUGCUGGAUAGUGUAUGUGGUAAAAGGCAUUCACAGGAAAGACAUUUUACCUUAUGGGCCACUCAGCGGGGAUUUAACCCUGCAAGAAGGGGACGAUGAAACUUCGAAAGUGAUAGUUUUAACCAGACCUAUGCAUUUCUAUGAAGCCUCUUUCCCCAACCUCUACGUUGCCACCAAUGGGAUCAUCUCAACCUUGGACCUGCCCAUGGAGAAGCAGUAUGUGGACGAUGGGUUCCCCACUGACUUCCCUGUCAUCGCCCCGUUCCUGGCUGACCUCGACACCAGCAACGGCCGUGGCACCAUCUACUACCGUCAGACAGAGUCACCCAAUAUCCUCAACCGUGUCGCCAUGGAGGUGCACCGUGGUUUCCCUGAUGCCCGCUUCAACCCCACCCACGCCGUCGUCGUCACCUGGGAAAACGUCGGGGCCUACGAGGAGGGUUCCCGCAGCAUCGGACCGUCCAAUAGGGUGAACACGUUCCAGGCAGUUGUGGCGUACGAUGGGACGGACACCUAUGCCCUGUUCCUGUACCCUGAGGACGGUUUGCGCUUCUUUGGGACGCGGCCCAAGGAGUCGUACAACGUGGAGAUCGAGCUGCCGGCUCGGGUGGGGUUCAGCCGAGGAGAGGUAUCCUUCCUGUUCUUCUCACGCCAGGAGGGACCCUAUUACAGCAUCACCAGCAACGAGCAGUCCGUCAAGAACCUCUACCAGGUUGGAAACACAGGUGUGCCUGGCGUAUGGCUCUUUCACAUCGGCAGCAGCUACUCCUUUGAAAACGUGAUUCCAGCAUCCGUGGGUGGUGUCCUGGCCACAGGGCCCCCUUUUGACGCGGAGCUGGAACACGCUACCACCCCGGAGUACUCCGAGUACUCAGAAUCGGACUACCCCGAGUUCCAGUCCCCGACCCUGCCUGAGUUUGUGGAGGCUGGACCAGAUCCGUCCCUCCUGCAGUCCCCGGGUCAACCUCAGGUCCAGCUCUACGGCGAGGACGUUCCCUUCACCUCCAGCCCCGAAAUCCCAGAGACCCCCAACUCAGAGUCCGGCCCCAGGGAGUACCCUGCUGUCCCAGAGCCCCGAAACCGGCCCCCAGAGGACUCUGGUCUGCCCCAGCGCCCCGUCCCCGAGCACACCAUCCUGGAGGUGUACCCCAACAGGCAGGGUGAAUCGCCGCGAUACACCCCCAACAGCCAGGUGGACAGUGAGCUGGAAGGUGUCGACAUUGACACUGGAGUGAUCCAGUAUAACGCAGGCAGCAAGGACACGUGCGAGCGCUUUGGGCAGCAGUGUUCCCAGAGCGCCUACUGCUCCGACUACGCCACCGGCUUCUGCUGCCACUGCCGCUCCAGUUUCUACGGCAACGGUCGCCACUGCCUGCCAAAUGGUGCCCCCCAUCGUGUAAAUGGUAAGGUGAACGGUGUGGUGUUAGUCGGCUCCACUCCCGUGGAGCUCAACAACAUCGACAUGCACGCCUACGUGGUGGUGGGCGAUGGCAGGGCCUACACGGCCGUCAGCGAGGUCCCGGAGCCCGCAGGCUGGGCCCUGAUGCCUGUGGCCCCAAUCGGGGGUCUCUUUGGCUGGCUCUUUGCCCUGGAGCUCCCCAACAGCCAGAACGGCUUCACCAUCACCGGUGCGGAGUUCACUCGCCACGCUGACAUCACCUUCUACCCCGGCAACCAGCGCCUCUACAUCGUCCAGACGGGUAAAGGUUUGGACACGGAGAACUACCUCAGCGUGGACACCCAGCUCCGCGGCAGUGUUCCCUUCAUCCCCCCUGGGUCAACAGUGCAGAUGGAGCCAUUUAAAGUGACCUUCCAGUAUUACCCCUCAGUGGCCACCUCCACGUCCGUGCGUGAGUUCACGGUGGUGUCGGCGGAGAGCGGUGCCGAGACAUUCUCCUUCCAGCUGCGGCAGAACAUCACGUACCAGGACUGCCGGCACGGCCCGAGGAGCGGACCCGAGACGCAGGAGCUGAGUGUGGAGCGCGUGUUUGCCAUGUACGUCAAGGAAGAGCGCAUCCUCAGAUACGCCAUUACCAACAAGAUCGGCCCAGUCGGAGCAGGCAAUCCUGACCCAGGCGAGGUGAAUCCCUGCUACGCGGGCACCCAUGACUGUGACACCACUGCCCAGUGCAUACCAGGAGAGGGGCAGCUCUACCAGUGCCAGUGUGCCACUGGUUACCGCGGGGACGGACGCAACUGCUAUGACAUAGAUGAGUGUGCGGAGCGUCUCAGCUCCUGCGGUGCUCAUGCCCAGUGUGAGAACCUACAGGGUAGCCACCGCUGUCUCUGCCAGCCCGGCUAUGAGUUUGGCUUCGACGGGCGCACCUGCAUAGAUGUUGAUGAGUGCCGCUCCCAGCCGUGCCACGCUCAGGCCAUCUGCUCCAACGCGCUGGGCUCCUUCCGGUGUCAGUGCCAGUCUGGCUUCCAUGGCAACGGCUUCCAGUGCUACCCUCAGAACGGAGGCCCAGAUCGUCCCAAGACCCAGUGUGAGCAUCACAGAGACAGUGUUCAGGGUUCUCAGGACGGCUUCUCUCUGGUGGGCGCCUUCAUCCCAGAGUGUGAUGAGGAGGGACAAUAUCGCCCACUGCAGUGCCACGGCUCUACGGGUCACUGCUGGUGUGUGAGCGACCAGGGUCAGGAGAGAGCCGGCACCAGAACACCAGCAGGUUCCCCACGACCCAACUGCGAUGAGCAAGUUCAGCCGGAGCGUCCCAAGACCCAAUGUCAGCAUCACAGAGACAGCCUGCAGGGUGGAGUGGGAGCCUUUGUCCCAGAGUGUGAUGAGGAGGGACGAUAUCGCCAACUGCAGUGCCACGGCUCUACGGGUCACUGCUGGUGUGUGAGCGACCAGGGUCAGGAGAGAGCCGGCACCAGAACACCAGCAGGUUCCCCACGACCCAACUGCGAUGAGCAAGUUCAGCCGGAGCGUCCCAAGACCCAGUGUCAGCAUCAUAGAGACAGUCUGCAGGGCUCUCAGGGCGGAGUGGGAGCCUUCGUCCCACAGUGUGAUGAGGAGGGCCAGUAUCGCCCAUUGCAGUGCCACGGCUCUUCGGGUCACUGCUGGUGUGUGGACAACCAGGGUCAAGAGAGAGCUGACACCAGAACACUACCGGGCACCCCACCUACCAACUGCGAUGAGCCAGUUCGCCCUGAGCGUCCCAAGACCCAUUGUGAGCACUACAGAGACUCUCAGGGUUCUCAGGAUGGGUUCCCUCAAGUCGGAGCCUUCAUCCCAGAGUGUGAUGAGGAGGGACAGUACCGCCCACUGCAGUGCCACGGCUCUAUUGGUCAAUGCUGGUGUGUGGACAACCAGGGUCAGGAGAGGGCCGGCACCAAAACACCACGGGGUACCCCACCACCCAACUGUGACCAGCCAGAUCGUCCCAAGACCCAGUGUGAGCAUCACAGAGACAGUGCUCAGGAUGGUUUCUCUCUGGUGGGCGCCUUAAUCCCAGAGUGUGAUGAGGAAGGACGGUACCGCCCACUGCAGUGCCACGGCUCUACGGGUCACUGCUGGUGUGUAAGCGACCAGGGUCAGGAGAGGGCCGGCACCAGAACACCACCAGGUUCCCCACGACCCAACUGCGAUGAGCAAGUUCGGCCAGAGCGUCCCAAGACCCAGUGUGAGCAUCACAGAGACGGCCUGCAGGGCUCUCAGGUUGGAGUGGGAGCCUUCGUCCCACAGUGUGAUGAGGAGGGACAGUACCAUCCUCUGCAGUGCCACGGCUCUUCGGGUCACUGCUGGUGUGUGAGCGAUCAGGGUCAGGAAAGGGCCGGCACCAGAACACCACCUGGUUCCCCACAACCCAACUGCAAUGAGCAAGUUCAGCCGGAGCGUCCCAAGACCCAGUGUCAGCAUCACAGAGACAGUCUGCAGGGCUCUCAGGGUGGAGUGGGAGCCUUCGUCCCACAGUGUGAUGAGGAAGGACAGUAUCGCCCACUGCAGUGCCACGGCUCUACGGGUCAGUGCUGGUGUGUGAGCGACCAGGGUCAGGAGAGAGCCGGAACCAGAACACCAGCGGGCACCCCACCUAUCAACUGCGAUGGACCAGUGGUAGUGCCCCCGACCCAGCGGCCAGAGACGGUGUGUGAGCGCUGGAGGGCCAGCCUCAUCGAGCAUUACGGAGGCCAGCCAGACUCACGCCAGUACCUGCCUCAGUGCGACUGGGCCGGCGAGUUCAAUCCGGUCCAGUGCUAUGGAGACAGCAGCUACUGCUGGUGCGUGGACAAGGAUGGUCGAGAGGUGCCCGGGACCAGGUCCAACGAUGCUGUGAAACCAGGCUGUAUCCCCACUGUGGCUCCUCCCACCAUGCGUCCACUUCCCCGCCCAGAUGUUACCCCACCUCCCGUGGGCGUGUCCCUGCUGUAUGCCCAGGGGCAGCAGAUUGGUGCGCUACCUUUGACUGGCACCCGCAUGGACAAGGACAAAUCUUCAGUGUUGCUGCAGCUCCACGGCUCUAUUGUGGUCGGGGUUGCCCAUGACUGUCAGGAGGGGAAAGUAUACUGGACCGACAUUGCUGGAAGAACCAUCAACCGAGCCAGUCUGGUGGCUGGAUCAGAACCUGAGGUCCUUAUCAACACAGAUCUGACCAGUCCAGAGGGUCUGGCUUUGGACGUGGUCCGAAGAAAGAUGUUCUGGGUGGACAGCACCAUGGACAAGAUUGAGACGAGCAACCUGGACGGCACUGGGAGACGAGUUCUGUUCGACAAGGACCUAGUGAACCCUCGGGCCAUCAUAGUGGACUCAUCCUCAGGAACCCUGUACUGGACAGACUGGAAUCGCGAAGCCCCAAAACUCGAGAGCGCCUCGGUGGACGGACAGAACAGGAAGGUGCUGGUCCAGGAAGGCAUUGGGCUGCCCAAUGCUAUAACCUUUAACCCCAUCAGCCGUCAGGUGUGCUGGGCAGAUGCAGGUACGAAACGACUGGAGUGCAUAUCUCCAGACGGGACAGGCCGUCAGGUGAUUCACAGCGGACUCAGCUACCCCUUCGCCAUGGUCUUCCAUGCCAACCACUUCUACUUCACCGACUGGAGAAGGGACGCAAUCAUUUCCAUGAGCAAAGGCACCAGCCAGUUCACAGAUGAUUACCUGCCGGAGCAGAGGUCACACCUGUAUGGAAUUGCUGUUGCGUCGCCUAGCUGUCUAUAAGGGAGAGGGUUAAUGACAGAGCUGGAGCCACAUGGUGCUAUUUUGGGCGAGUCUUGUAGUGCUCGCUCCGUGGGAACUCCUCAGAGGCUCCUAAGUGUGCGCAACGCCAGGCGGGAGAGCUUGAGGCCGCCAUGAGCCUCGAUGUCCACCGACGCCAUCGCCAACCAGGGAGAAAGAUUUACAAACGGCAAAACCAAAGUGACUUAAUUUUUUUUUAUUUGUCCAAAUAAGUUUUUUUGUACAUUUGUUUUAUACCUCACCUCAUCCUACUGUAUGUUUGUAUGUUGUUUUGUAUGAUUAUUUUGUUUUAAAAUGAAGCCAAAGAAACUUUGAAAUCCACUCUUUGUGCAACAGGUCCUGGCAUUUGAGAGUACGUGACACACAGCUGUGCAGCAUUUGAGUAUUCAGUGCACUAGGAGGAAUUAGUAUUUCACACGUUUAAUUGAACUUAGUCAAAGUGGUUUUUACCCCCCUUCUUCAUGUUUUAAAAUCCUUUUUUUAUCUUUUGUAAAAUGUGAUAUUUAUAACAAUAAAAUGUGACUGAGGACUU